CUGAGCCACCAGGUACUUAGGCCUACCGGAUGAUCUUCAGUAUCCGAUGUAGGGCAAGAAAGGCGCAAGGGCCAGGUUCCCUCUUGGAGGGCUCCCCUGGCAGGUGGGAUAAAGUUUAGGAGGACUCUACACUUGAUGGUCCUUGGAGAGCAGACAUAAGCUGUUGCGAAGAACUCAACUCCUCCAUUCGGGGCAUUCCAGUCCAGCCGCUGAGCACGCCGGCCCGCGGAGGACGAGACGGCGGUCCGGGUGCGGGAGCAGCAGGAUGAGGUUGGCACUGAGGACUCUCAACCCAGGCCUCUCUGUGAUCUGUGCGGGCUUGAUGCUGGUUGGGGAUGGGGGGCCGUCUUCGGUCCUGGCCCUGGGGGCCAACGUCAUCUGCAACAGGAUGCCGGGGCUGGCGCCGCGCCAGCGAGCCUUCUGUCGGAGCCGGCCCGACGCCAUGAUCGCCAUCGGGCUGGGGGCCCAACUGGGCCUGGAGGAGUGCCGCUACCACUUCCAAGCCAGCCGCUGGAACUGCACCGCCCUGGGCCAGAGGACGCUCUUUGGGCAGGAGCUCAAAGUGGGGAGCCGAGAGACGGCCUUCUCCCACGCGGUGCUGUCGGCCGGAGUCGCCUACUCCGUGACCGACGCCUGUAGCCGGGGCCACCUGACGGACUGCGGCUGCGACCGGUCCAGACGCGGCAACCACGACCGGGUCCCCGGGUGGCGCUGGGGGGGCUGCUCGGCCGACGUGGCCCACGGCAUCACCUUCUCCGGAGACUUCGUGGAUGCCCGCGAGGUCAGGCGAGACGCCCACACCCUCAUGAACCUACACAACAACCUGGUGGGCCGCAAGGUCUUGGAGAAGCAGAUGCGGCCGGAGUGCAGAUGCCACGGCGUUUCGGGCUCCUGCUCCCUGAGAACGUGCUGGGUGACGUUGCCCAGCUUCCGGGCCGUGGGCUUCGCCCUCAAGGCCAAGUACCAGGCAGCGGUGCCGGUGGAGGCCGUCCGGAGCCGGCGCCAGCUGCGGCCCACCUUCCUGCGGGUGAGCGCGGCCGCCCCCGCCCACCGGAAGCCCGCCGACACCGACCUGGUCUACGUGGAGCCUUCGCCCAGCUACUGCGAGGAAGACUCGGCCACGGGCAGCGCGGGCACCCGGGGCCGCCUCUGCAACCACACGGCCGCCCCCCAGCCGGGCAGCUGCGAGCUUCUGUGCUGCGGCCGGGGCUCCAGCCCCUUCCGCUACGUCCGGCGCUGGCAGUGCCGCUGCCGUUUCCGCUGGUGCUGCCACGUGGCCUGCGGCACCUGCAGCGAGGGCGCCGACGCUCACGCCUGUAACUGAGCCUCCGCCGGGACCUCCGCCCCCCUCCACCUGCGGCGGGUCGAGCCCGGCGCGUCAGGGCGACUUGGAGCCGCGGGAAGCCGCGUGGCCUGGCGGGCGCCGCACGGG